UCACAGCCCUCAAACUCCACUGCAAUAAACGUAUUUCUAAAAGACAGUUGGAGUGUUAGUCAGGAAACUAUGGUGCUGUAACGUUAGCUUCGUUCUGGAAAACCUCAGUCUCUCUUAACCUUAUGGCUUGGAUUAUCUUCAAAGCGAGGGAAAAGGGAUUUAAAACCAAACUCAGGUGCCCCACUGCUCUAAAAUGGUGGUCUCACAAUUCCAGUGUUAAGUAUAGAACAUCAGGGAAGUCAGUUUUCUCUUCGCCAGGCACAGCUAUGAAAGCAAACAGGUUUUUUUUUUUUUUUUGUCCUACUUCCUUCCCACUCCGUGGGAGAGCUGUGCUCCGGAUGAAGGUCCCUUGUGACGUGCAGCAACGCUUCCUGCUGGGGAGUGCUGGGAAGCGGCGUCCCCUGUGCAGGCUGCACGAGGGAUGCUCAGCCAAACGAAGAAGAGAGAAUUGUUUGCUGCGGUUCUGCAGGGACCUGGGCGAAUGCAGAAGGAAGGUGACGCCUGUGAACUCAUGGACUUAAAUUGUGCCAUGAGCGGAGGUGUUCCUGCAAGGCUGGGAGGGUCAGGUUGAGGGUUAAACUGCAGGUUACCGGGGACGGGGAGCAGUGGGUUGAAAGCAGCAGGCAUUUGUAUGCCUCAGCUUGCCUUACUCUUGAACAGAACUUCUAAAUAUUCGAAGUCAAGAAAUAGCUAUGUGAUGGAUCGACACGAAUCCAUUUGAGAGAGGAAUUCUAACAGUAAUUCUGUAAAUUGCUUUGGUUUUCUUCACGUUUCUGUAACUUUAGUUCUGGAGCAGACCCUUCUGUGCAGCUCUGUGCUGUAUUGACAUUCAUAAUUCCCUUGCUGUCAGCUGUUGCUAUCCCAUCUUUGUUCUUCAGGAACAAAGCUCCGCAAGCAGCUCCUCAGAAAUGCAUGCACAGUGUAUCUGUGGCCAUUUCGUGGGUUUUAGGGUUUUUUUUUUUCCAUGUGCAGUGCUGGUGGGAGGCUCUUCUUUCCGCCCUCAGCACCUGCAGCCUGCCCUGUGCUGUGCUCUGCCUUUGGCCAGUGCCAGCACCGUGUUCUCAGCUGUGUCCUGACCUCGGUUCUGCUCAGCCUCUCCCGGGCAGCCCGCUCACCUCAGGUUGCUGUUUGACAGAGGAAGGCUUAAGCCUUCCCUGUUUCCUGGCAGCUCUGAUUUUUCCACUUCUUGAUCCAGGAAAGCUGGCUUUGUUGAAAGGGAUCAGUGCUGUUUCCUUGGUCCCUAUGGGAAGAGGCUGCUGUAGUUCUGGCAGUGACCCUGCAGGAGCCCCAUGAGCCGUACCACCCGUACAUCCUAGUGGGCUUUUCUCCUUUAUCUGCACUUGUGUCAAAGCCGGGCACUGGCUCUGCUCAGGUCCUUAGUGCUUGGCUGGGGUGCCCACCUCCCUGUGUGCCACCACGGCAGCACCACUGGACAAGGGAGAGCGAUCAGGGUGUGAUCCUGGUGCUGAAAUGGACCACAGACCCCAAGCAGGUGUCGCGGUCGCGCUGGGAGAUGCUGGAGAGGCCAACAGCAGCACGGGCAGCCCCGGAACGGGAGAUGGCAAAGCGCCCUGUGCAGUGGGGCAGGGAGCCAGGGGAGCACGAGUGGGAUGUUGGGGAGGAGAGCGGCGUCAGUCCAGCCUCACGCAGGCUUCCUGCUCAGUGCUCUGCGCUCACCCUCCUGCUCUGGGGUUGUCUGGAAACGUGGCUCGAGGGGAGGGACCUGUGUGGGUAGAGCGGGUGCUGUGAGCGCACCAGCCCCUUCUGGCACAGCAGAGCUCUGCUCCGCAGCCUGAGGCGCUGCUACACCCAGGGCUUUCCCAGCACCACCCGCAGAGCGAGGGGCCGUGCACUGCCUGCUUGCUGAGCCGUGUGUACAAAGAAACCCCAGGUGAGGAAUGCUCUAGAAUCGUGCUGCGGACGCACCGUCUUCGGGUUGUGCCCUGCAGUGGCUAGACAUGGCUAGCUCGGCAGUGGGAAUCAUCCUCGCUGUGCUGGCUCCGCUCAUCAUCACUGCCAACGUGCUGGUGGCCAUUGCCCUCCUUCGCCUUAUCUGGAAGACCGGCUACAAGGGACACUACUUUGUCCUCAAUCUUGCUGCUGCAGACGCCAUGGUUGGCGUGUCGGUCGUAGGUCUGAUCAGGGAUGAGUUCUUCGAGCACCCUCAUCCCCCGCAGAUCUUCUGCGUCCUGCGAAUGGCUUUUGUGACCACCUGCUCCGCCGCUUCUAUCCUAUCCCUGACCCUGGUCGCGUGUUACAGGCACCUGGCGAUCAGAAAGCCUUUCCACCAUUUUCAGCUGGCCACGGGCACGCGGGUGGGGCUGCACUUGGUGGGGCUCUGGCUGCUUGCUGGUGUCACUGGCUUCCUCCCAGUCCUCGCCCCAGGCUUUCAGAAGGGCUCCCUUGAGGAAAAAUGCUCCUUCUUCGGAGUCUUCCACCUCAGCUACAUGCUCACUGUCUCCUGCGUGGGCUUUUUUCCAGUACUGUUUCUCUUCAUUUUCCUCUACUGUGACAUGCUGAAAAUUGCUUCUGUGCACGUGCAGCAAAUCCGGGAAGUGGAACGUGCGGGGCUGGCGAGGGGCACCACCAGCGACAUGAAGGCCAUGCGCACUGUGGCCAUGCUGAUCGGCUGCUUUGUGCUGUCCUGGCUGCCGUUUUUCAUCGCUGGCAUCGUGCAAACUGUGUGUACCGAGUGCUUCCCCUACAGAGUCAUUGAGAGUUACCUCUGGCUGCUGGGAUUGUGCAACUCCCUCCUGAACCCUUUGCUCUACUCCUACUGGCAGCAGGACGUGCGGCGGCAGCUCUCCCAGCUCGCUGCUGCUGCGAAGGGGAGAGUCCUCCUCCAUCUGGGGAAGGGUCGCUGUUUCCCCAGCAGAGGCACCAAGCCCGUUCCCGCUGUGUCAUGCUUGCAGCUCCAGGACUGACGUGGUAAGGAGUGGCUUCCACUGGCUUUGCAGCUUGUCUCCUUCAUCAGAACCGUGAACUUGGGGGGCUGCCAGCUGUGGAAUAGAUCUUGGAUGGGGUAGGAUAGCUCUGGAUGCUAAUUCUUAGGCACAGCACGACCGGCACAGCCGGUUUUGCACCAGCUCCAGGGCACCCCAAAUUGCUGUUGCACGGCACACAUUAAAUUUUGCUUGGAGAGCUUCAGCCUUGUGUCUGCUGGGACCAAGCCCUUAGCUCUCCCUUCACAGACUAAGAUCACUCACUUUUUGCUGCCUGGCUUUUCCCCAGCCCCUGUUUGGGAGCUUUCUGCUCUCCCCUCUGCCUGCAGCACCACCUGUCUGGGCCAGGUUCCCCGCCUGCACGUGGGGCAGGGCUGCUCUCACUGUGUUGGCUCUGUUGCUCCCUCUCGCUGCCCUACCUAAACCAAACUCGCAGUCCAACAGAUGCAAGCUGGGCUAUCCCCCAAAUCGCCCUCUGAUGAGGAUCAAUCCUGGAGGCAGAGGUGAGGGGUACGGGUCUGGGCUCUCUGCUGUCGUGCAGGGGAGGCAGUGAGGGGCCCGGCAGCUCCUCAGCUCUGUGUGCACUGGAGCAAAAGCUGAGCAUCCCCAGGUGCGCCGUGCCUGGGAGAGGUGCAGGGCAGCACCGGUUUGUGCUGUUACUGUUUGGUUUGAGCUGUAAAGCAAGUUAAUGAGUGACUGACUGAGUGCUGAGCAGGAAGGACUGCCUUGGAGACAGGGAAAACCUCGUGCAGAAGGGCUGCUUUGUCCCACCGACGCCGUAGGGCUGGUUAUGGGGCUGCAAGGCCGGCUCCGCGCUGUCUCACCAGCUGGGAGCACACAGCGCUCGGUGCAUGUCCUGUCACACAGCGGCGAGGGACAGACUGCUGGGCCUGCGAGAGGCUUCGAUGUGAUCUAAUUGCUUUUUGUAAAAUCGCAUCCGUUGAAUCCACCUAGCAGGAAAAUUUCCCUUCAAACAGGUUGCUUAGCUAAGGAUUCACUUUAAUCUGAAAAUGGCGAUGCUAUACACAAACAGUAAUUGCUUCCUCUUCUGUCACCUGCCCUGCUGGUAGAGAUGAAGGCUCGAGGCCUUAUCCCAUACGCAUCCAGAACCUGCCUCGGUCCCGAGGCCGUUGUCAUCUCAGAGGAACAGACAAAAAUAAAAGUGCCCUACUAAAACCAAAGCAAACCGAAGCAGCAGGCGCUGUGCGGUGCUCAUCUCUGUGCCUGUGAGAGGCCUGAGGCCAGCCACCACCCGACAGAUCCUGUUCCUGGCUGUGUAUUAAGGAAAGAGAUAAGGCUCACGCAGAACAGAUGGGCUCUGUGGGUGCCUCGCAGGUGGAUCUGGUAGGUGGACCCAGCCUGAUUCAGUUCUGGGGAUCAGCACAUCAUCUGUCAGCAUGACGUGUUCGCCGUCUGUGCUUGGCACAGCGUGGGCUCCGCCAGCUGUUGCUUUGCGAGGCUGACCCAUCCUUGCUUGGGGAUCUGACAACGCUGGAGCCGAACUCCGCCUCCCUCCAGCACGCCUCCUGCGAGCACCCGCUGCGAACGGAGACGCGUUUCAAGCGGGGCUCUUGCUUCCCGAGCUUGCGUCUGCUGCAUCCGCCGCCGUCCUUGGCCCAGCUGCAGGCGGGGUUGGUGGGCACGGAACCACGGGGGGCUGCGGAG